GCGGGCACGGUGGAGGACUGCCGGUUACGCGCACGGGCAUCGGGAGCAUCAGAGGGAAACUGUACAGCAGAACAAACAAACACAAAUGGAUAUUUUGGUGACUUUGAUACCUCUUUUUUUCCUCACAAAACCAGUUUUGGGUUUUGGAUCAGAUCAAGAUUACCAGAUUGAUAUCAUCAAUGAACUUGACCUGGCUAAUGCCACCUAUGGAAUUACCCAAGUCGCGGGGCUACACAACAGCAGCAAAGCCUUCUUGUUUCGAGAUGUGGGGAGAGCCGUGUAUGCUCCAGAACACCUCACGGAGAGGGUGGUGCAGAUGUUCCGGAGUAAGACGGAGUUCACCUUCCUGGCCUCCAUCCAGCAGAAGGCGUCCACCUCUGGAGUCAUCUUCUCCAUCCACGAGUCGGAGCACAGCUACUUUGAGCUGGAGAGCAGUGGCGUGCGGGAGGAGAUCCGCUACCACUACCGCUUCAACGGCAAGCCGCGCUCCGAGUCCUUCCCCUACCGCCUGGCCGACGGACAGUGGCACAAGGUCGCACUCACCGUCAGCGCCACGCACCUCCUCCUCCACGUCGACUGCAACAGGAUUUACGAGCGGCUGAUCGACCCUCCGCAGACGGAGCUCACGGCCGGCAGCGGAGUGUGGCUGGGCCAGCACACCCACAAACACGGCCUGUUCAAGGGCGUCAUUCAGGACGUGAAGCUGAUCUUCGCUCCGAAUGGCUACAUCUCCCAGUGCCCUAACCUGAACCGCACCUGUCCGACCUGCAGUGAUUUCCUGAGCCUGGUGCAGGGUAUCAUGGACCUGCAGGAGGUGCUGGCCAAGAUGACCCUAAAGCUGAACUACGCAGAGACCAGGCUGACCCAGUUGGAGGGGUGCCACUGUGAGCGGAUGUGCAGCGCCAACGGCCUCCUCUACCGGGACAAGGAGCUGUGGCUGGAGCCCGAGAACUGCCGCAACUGUGCCUGCAAGGUGGGCGUCGCCCCCCCCCCCCCUCCUCUACACCAAUCCCUCGUUGAUAUCGACGAGUGCGCCACCCAGAUGCACUACUGCCAGUCCAACACAGCCUGCGUCAACCUCCCUGGCAGCCACCGCUGCGACUGCCUCCCAGGCUUCAUCCGAGUGGAUGAAUACUCCUGCACCGAGCGUGACGAGUGCGCCGCCGGCCAGAGCUCCUGCGACGACAACGCCAUUUGCACCAACACCAUCCGAGGCCACCUGUGCACCUGCAAGCCCGGCUACGUGGGCAACGGCACCACCUGCAGAGCCUUCUGUGAGGACAGAUGCCGUAACGGAGGGACCUGUGUGUCUCCAAACAGCUGUGUGUGUCCCUCAGGGUUCACAGGACGCCACUGCGAGACAGAUAUUGACGAGUGUGCGGAGGGCCUGAUCGAGUGCCACAACCGUUCCCACUGUGUCAACCUCCCGGGCUGGUACCACUGCGAGUGCAGAGACGGUUACCAUGACAACGGCUCCUACCUGCUCGACGGCGGCUCCUGUGCCGAAUCCUGCACCAAGCAGAGCUCCGACUGA